GCGGCCAUCAAGCGGAAUCCUUGCAAGGGCUGCCACAGGAAUUUGUCCAUCGUCUAGCAAAUUCGAAAACCCAUGAGCACAGCUCUUGAAGUGUACAUGAGCAUUCUAUUGAGCAAGCAGAUGAGCAAGGACGACGGCUAUACAAGAUCGAUUGCGAAUUGCGAUACACGGAAAUUGCAACCACUUCGAAAAGUGAACAACGACAGAAACACGAACCAGCUGGCAUUGGUCCAUUGUUCAUUGAUGCUACUGGUCAAACUCGAGUGAUGAUUUGGAACAAACGUGUUGCCGGCAUCACAAGCUCAUCAAUACCUGGAAGGCCAACAGCAAAGCAAUGUUCCUUGCACUUCGUGCUGACAUGCAGGGGUUGGGGAUCGCCUUCGACGGGGAGUAACCCAGGCAGCUGUCGUAUCGGCAAUCUCGCCGUUCACGUUUAUAUUGCCUCUCGGGACUUCUUCUACGCCACAUUUCUUCUCCUGUCAUUCUUUGGAACUCCAACGCG